AUGGACUUCCCAGCGCUCGUGGCCGCUCUUAUGAGCAGCGACAAUGCGACGCGCAAGGCCACUGAAGCGUCCUAUGAAGCGCUCAAAGCAGAGCAGCCGCAGCUCCUUGUGGUCCACCUCGUGCAGCUCCUGCGCACAGCAUCGGAGCCAGAAACGCGCGCCUUUGCUUCCGUGCUCUUGCGUCCACUACUCGAGGUCAAGGCCGGCGUAUACCCGCAGCUGGACGCAGCGACUCAGACGCUACUCAAGACGCAGCUACUGGAAGCUGUUGCCAGGGAACCCAUGGCUCCUAUUCGUCGCAAACUCGGCCAUUUGAUUGCCGAGCUCGCAGCUGUUUCGGACAAGCACGACCACCCGUGGCCGGAGCUGCUCAGCGCUGUGUCGGUGCUUACCACUAACAGUGACGCGCAGCUGCGUGUCACGGCUCUGGACUUGCUGGCGAAGCUGGCCGAGUAUGCGGGGGACCUGCUUGCUCCACACAAAACGAGCUUCUUGACGCUGUUUACCACUGCUCUUAAUGAUAGUGACAGUGACGUGCAGAUUGCUAGUGUCAAGGCUGCAUCUGCUUUCUUGCUUACGCUUGAAGACAAGCAGGAGUUGAUGGCGUUUGCUGUGCUCGUGGCUCCGAUGCUGCGUAUCAUCGAAGCACUGGUGCAAACGGGAGACCCAGUGGCCUUCCGUGAAGUGCUCUCGGCUCUUGUGCAGAUUGCAGAGGUGCACCCGAAGUUCUUCCGUGACACGCUGAAUGACGUGGCCCGUGCAAUGAUCUUUAUAUGCUCGUCACAAGAGCUGGAAUCUGAGACGCGUGAACUUGCUCUGGAGUUCCUCAUCUCGUUGUGUGAGAACGCUGGCGGUAUGGUGCGCAAGUCGCAGUUUAUUGUCACAAACGUCGUGCCGCUGGUCAUUCAAUUGAUGUGCGAAGUUGAAGAGGACGACAUGUGGACGCAGCAUUUCGACGACCCAGAGACCUUUGCUGAAGCCAACGACGAGGACAACUCAAUCGGCGAUGCUGGUGCUGCAGCCAUUGACCGUCUGAGUACAUCUCUAGGUGGCAAUGCUGUGCUUCCGGUGGCCAUCCCGGUUAUCAAAGCCUUUGUUGGUGAUGCCGAUUGGCGAAAACGCCGUGCUGGUCUGUACGCGAUCUGUCUCCUGGGUGAGGGCGCCAAGUCACUUAUGACGCGCGAGCUUGACAAUGUGGUGGCGAUGGUAUUGCCUUACCUUAACGACCAGCACCCGCGAGUCCAGUAUGCUGCGCUGCAUAGUAUCGGACAGCUUGCUGAUGAUUUUGGUGAAGUAGAGAAGGGCAAGAACUUCCAGGCGAAGUUUCACGCGGUGGUAAUGCCGGCACUGACGGCGCUGAUUCAAGGCGAGCAACUCGUGCUGCGGACACGUGCUCUGGCUGCCAGUGUGAUCAUCAAUUUCUGCAACACAAAUGUGUGCAAGGCCAAGUACGUGACGCCGUACAGCCAUGCCUUGCUUGAAGCCCUCUUCAAUACCAUGCGCUCAUGUCCACGUCAGGUGCAGGAACAGGCGAUCACUGCUGUUGCGAGUGUGGCGAAAGUAAUCGGUGACGAGUUUCUCUGCUUCUACGACAUUUUCAUUCCGCUUGCAAAGGAAGUGCUGACAAAUGCUCAUGGAAAGGAGUACGCUCUACUGCGUGGCAAGUCCAUGGAGUCAAUUGCCCUCAUCGGUCAGGCGGUGGGUAAGGAGCGUUUCGUGAACGAUGCCAAGGAGAUCAUGGAAAUCCUAGUGCGUGUGCAGUCCAGCGAGGAGCUGGAAGGUCCCGAGGUGCAGUAUGUGGCACAGUCGUGUGCCCGUAUCGGAAGCAUCUUGAAAGAAGACUUUGUCCCGUACCUACCCUACGUGAUUCCGCCGCUUAUCAGACAGGCACAGACUCAGCCAGAUAUUCAACUGUUGGAUGUCGCUGAUGACAGUGUUAAGGAGGAUGGCGUGACGAUCGAUGGCAAAGACACUAUGACGCUGGAUAUUCGUGGUGUGGGUAAGAAGCGUCUGGAAAUCAACACAAGUGCUUUGGAGGACAAGACAAACGCAUGCAAUAUGCUGUAUCAGUCAGCGCUUGAUCUUGAGGGACAUUUCUACCCUUACGUGGCCGAAGUAGCGCAGGUGAUGAUUCCGUUGCUCGAAUUCGAGUACGUCAGCGACAUUCGUAUUGUGAGCAGUUUGACCAUGGCGAAGCUGUUGAAAUGUGCUGUCAAUGGCACGCUCAACCACGGGCCAGGUGCGGUGGCGCCAAGGUUCCCGCAGCAGCUAUUUGAGCAGUUCUUUGAGCCAAUGUUGACUAGUUUGCAGAAGGAGGAUGAACUGGAGUGUCUUAGCGCUUUCGUUGAGGCCAUGUCUGCUGUCCUGGAGGUGUGCAAGGAUAGCCAAGAGAUAGGUUUUCAGGUUGGCGUACCGCUGGACCAUGUUCCGCGUGUGGUGGAGGUUUUCAAGACUGUGGCGUCCAGCAGUGCCCAGCGUCUGACGAUGCAGCACCAGGAGAACCAACAAGAUGAGGACUACGACGCUGAGGCUGCUCUGCAGCAGACUGAGAAUGAUGAGCUUGAAGAAGGUGUUUUCCGCUCGAUGGUCGACUCCAUCGGCUGGAUCGUGAAGAUCCAGAAAGACGCAUUCUUUCCUGUGUUCAAGACGCAUCUUUUGUCGUUCGUAACACCGCUUCUGGAUCAGAAGACGAUGCCAAUGUUGCGUGGCCAGGCUAUCUGCAUGAUCGAUGAUAUCAUUGAGCACUGCGGUGGUUCCGCUCAGGAGCUGCUUCCGUUGUUCUUGAACCAGCUGGUUCAGAGUCUUGAAGAUCCGAGUCCGUCUGUCGUUCAGGCGGCUGCUUACGGGAUCGGUGUCAGUGCAGAGAAGUGUGGUGCUGCGUUUGAUCCGUUCUGCCAGAACGCGCUUGAGAAGAUGGUGCAAUUGAUCAACGCGUCGGCGACCGUAGAAGACGACGAGGUGAGUGCAGCUCGUGACAAUGCUAUCAGCGCUGUGGCCAAGAUCUGCCUGGCGCGAGAGGGUGCUAUGGACGUUGCCCAAAUGUGGCCUACGUGGCUCAGCUGGCUCCCGCUUCGGACCGAUGUGCUUGAAGCUCAAGACGUGCAUGCCCGUCUCAUAUCACUGGUGAGUGGUGGGAAUGUCCAUGUGCUUGGUACCGACUACGCCAACCUCGCUCAGAUCCUGAAGGUGUUUGCAUCAGCUCUCGUGUUCGACAUGAUGGCAGCAGAAGAUGCUGCAGACGACGAAGAAGUGUUAACAAUUUCGGAAAAGAUGAAGCCAGAGCUCCGUGAGUUGCUGGCGAAGUUGCAGUCUCAAUUACCCGGUCCGGUGGUGCAGAAUGCGUGGGCAAAGCUCAGUGGUGAUGAGCAACAGGCUCUGUCUCAGCUGUGA